AGCUUUCGGUUAGUUUCGCUUGCGAAGAAGUGGCAUUUUUCACAUUUUCGCUCGUUCUCGUUCAUUCGUUCUCUUCUCGUCGCAAUACAACAUCAUGGCGGACGCAUCCAAGGCACAGAAGCUGAAGUUGGCAAAUUCAAGGAAAAGGUUUAAAGAAUUACAAGAACUUAAGAAAAAGAAAAAUGCCACUGCUUCAGUUGAUAAUUCUGAAAAAGAUCUACGUGAACCAACACCAGUUGAUAGCCUAGUAAGUUCAACACACAGUUCAAUUAAUGCAGAAAGUGAACUUGCAAAUGUAACAAACACUCAAUUGCCAAACUAUUUCAUGACUACUGCACAAUCGGAUCCUGCAACAUUUUUUGAAAAUUUGUCUACAACUAAUACUAAUGUUGGUGACGUUGGGAACAUUUCUGAUGUAGUAGAAACUCCAAUGUUUGAACAACAUGUACCCUUUGAUAAUAAUUAUGCUUUGUUUAAUCAAACGAAUCAACAAAGUUAUAUAAAAGAAACACAACAUAUUAUUAGACCAAAUACAGAUAGUUUAACCAUAGAGGAUCCUGAACUUGUACAAAAUGAAAUAUUUGACCAUCAUAGGCACAACUUAAUACCUGACCAAAUAGAAAAUAGUGAUGCUCAAACUUAUGAAGGCAGCUACAAUGAAAAUAAUCCUGUUCACAAUAGUUUCAAACAGAAUGUGAGUGAUACAAAUUUAAGCGACUUUUCUACUCAAGUGGCUCAUAUAAUCCCAGAGUCACAGAGUGACUCAAAUCUAAUAAUUGAUCUGGAACAAAGGAACGCAGAGUUGACUUCAUUUUUAGAGCAGGAGAAAAUUCAAUCACAGCAACAACAGCUUCAAAUAAAUGAACUGCAAGCAAGAAUAUACCACUUAGAACUUGAAAAUGCAACAAAAGAUAAUAAUUCAGUAAUAAAUAAAUUAGAAGAAGAUUUAAAAUGUCAUAGUCAGACCAUCAGGCUUUUAGUAGCUGAAAAAAGCGAACUUUCUAAUGCUGUAGCUCAACAGGAGGUUACUUUUAAAAAUAAAAAUUCUGAGUGUGAAGAACUGCAAGCGAGACUAAAGGCUUCUAGAUCUAGAGCUUUUGAAUUAGAGCAAGAACUUAACACUUUAAAAUCAGAACGAAUACACAAAGAAACCAACAAUCAUGAUCAGAACAAAGUUCUAGAAAAUACAUUGAAGGAUUUUAAUGAGUUACGUGAUUCAAAAGAAGAACUUGAACAGGAUAUCCUCGAAGUUCGGGAAAAACUAAAAAGUGCUACACAAGAAGUCUUGACCCUUCAAAAGCAAAAUUCAGAGCUCUCUGGAAAAUUAUCUUUGGCAGAUAUUAAGAUUCAACAACUUGUUGGUGCUGAUCAUCAGACAUCAGCAGCUCAAAUUGAGUCGCUGGUGCAAGAAAAUCGUGCUUUGGAUGCGGAAAUGGUUUCCCUUAAUAAUACAAUAAAAAGUAUGAGUAAAGAACAUGAGCAAUCUACCUUACAUUAUCAGCAAUACACAGAAGAGCUGAACACACAACUUCUAACCAUCCAAGAACAGUACCAACAUAUACAACAAGAAAAUGACAAAUUGUCUGCAGAGGUACAAAAUAGAGUACACCAUAUCUGUGAUCUUGAACGGCAACUCCAGAACAAGCAAAAUGAAAAGGUUACAUUUACCUCCAGCAACGGAACGGGUUUGAAUGUAAAAGAAGAACUGGAAGUGACGAAAGAAUUGUGUGUCCAGCUACAGAUGGAAAAAACCGAACUAGAAGAAAACUAUACUAAAGCCCUAAACGAAAAAGAAAUGCUGAUGAAAGAACUAGCUGCCAAAAACGAUUCCUUGAAUCAACUAGAAACCAUGGUGGAACAGUUAAAAGGAAAUCAACCUGAUACAGCUAAAUUACUGGCUACUAUGGAAAGUGACAAAGUCGCUGCUGCUCGAGCUGUCCAGCAAAAUAUGGAACUCAAAGAGCAGUUAGAGAGUAUGGCAGAAGUAUUUGCCAAAAUGAACAAUGACAAGGUGGAACUGACAGAAAAGCUAAGCAUUCAGCAGUCUGCAAGUAAGGACCUACUUGAAAAAUUGCAAAAAACUGAAUUGCACUUACAGAUGUUAACUGAUGCUAUCGAAAUCAAAGAUCGAGAGCUUUCGCAUCUCCGAGAGGCAUCUGAACUAAAUGAGGUGCUGGAUCACGAAGAGCAACAUACAGAUGAAUCACACGAGACUUGUUCACAUACUCUACAGAAUGAACUGAAAGAAGCUACUGAAACAAUUGUUAAAUUAACAAAUGAAUUAAACAACCAGAGAAAUCAAAUGUCUCCGUCUCCACAAGUAUCCGUAGGUGAUGAUAUUUCAUAUUUAUUGAAGCAACUGGAAGAACUGAAACUUAAAAAUCAAGAACUGGAAACUAAACUAGAAAAUCACACCAUCGAUGAUAAUUACAACAAUAAAUUGUUAACAGAGGAAGAGUCUGAAAGCAUUUUGCAAAAAGAAGAAGCGAUGAAGCGUUUGGAAGAGAAAUUUAAACGUAGAAUGCAAGAUAUUGCUGAUUUGACUGAGGAGAAACAACGAUUGGAGCAUUUGGUGCUGCAGUUGCAAGGCGAAACCGAGACCAUUGGAGAGUAUGUUGCUCUUUACCAGCACCAGCGAAUGAUACUUAAACAAAAAGCGAUGGAAAAAGACCAGCAAUUCAAACAACUUGCGACAGAUAGAGAACAAAUCAAAAUAAAGUUAGAAAAAUUAAACCACCUCGUAGGCGAAUUACUAAAAUCUAAAACCUUGAGUUCAGAAAUUUUGGGCCAGUGUGAGCGCUUACACGAAAGCGAAAACAAAGAAGUAGAAACUACGGAAGACUUCAAUAAAGAAGAGAGUCCGCACACUGAAACAGCCGAAGAAAUCUUGACGUUACUCUCAGAGAUAAAAAGCAGCAAUCUAGUCGAACCUAAAGAAAGUAUCCACCACUGUCCAUUUUGUUCAGGGCAACUAAUCACCGUAUAGUUUUUCGGAAUAUCCAUCUCAUUGGGCUUCAGAAGAAUUUGUAUUUUGUAAGCUUUUCCAAAACAUAUUUGACUUAUUUUAUAUAUUUCAAUGAGUGAUAGAUUAUUUUAAAUAUUUAUAUUUUUUAUAUUUAGUUAGAUCUGUAAGUGAUUCAUUAUCCCCGGUCAUUUAAUAAUGUAACUUGCUACCAAAAAGUGUUAUAACUUUACAUUGUUCAAGAUUGGGUUAUUCUGGAGUAUAAUUAAAUACUUUGUGAUGGAUAACCGAGUAGCUUCAUGUCUUAAAAUAUCGAUUUUAUAAAAAAAACAUUUUUCUUAUUUGGAUAAUUAUUCAAUUAUCGUUGACUUCAAUUUAAAGUUUUAAUACUUUUUGGUAGCACUUUCAAUAGGUUUUCAUAUUCAUCAUUUAAAUAUUUUAAGAGUUCAUGAUUUCACGUUUUAAGUGAAUGUUUGUCAUCAACAUGUUUUGAACACAGAUUGUAUGUAACAAGGUAUUUUUUAUGGUACCGGUAAAAAUGUGAUUUUUGUAUAUAAAACGAAUAAAACUACUAUAAUAACA